AUGUAUAGACUAACACAUACAAUUUAUCAAAUACAUGCAAAACUGCGUGAUCGAUUGCCCUUUGCGCCUAUUACACCGUUCGUAGCAGCGGAGUUAUUAUGUGAGGAACAUCCGUAUAUAGAUAGCGGUGUGACGGCUCAUCUCGUGGGAUGUGUGGAGGGCAACGGCAUUCGUCUCUCACCAUCGUCUAUUAUGGCAUUAUUUCGCCUUGGCUACAGAGAUGGACAAACUGUUAAAACUACUACUAAUACUACUACUACUACUACUAUUAUGACUACUAACAGUAAUAAUAGUAAUAAUAAUAAUAAUAAUAAUAAUAAUAAUAAUAAUAAUAAUAAUAAUAUUCAUAAUAGGAAUGUUGAUCAUCACAGAACCGCCAUCACCCAGUGGGGACCGAUGGAGGAAACACUAUUCACAGCACUGUAUAUUCAUUUGCGGAGAUAUACACAAGCAAAAGAACAGAAAGAACAGAAAGAAGAAAAAGAAGAAGAACAACAACAGGAUACAUGGUGGGACGAUUUGUUAGAGACGGACAGCUGUGAAAAGAAGAAAUCACACAAACCAUCUAAUCAAGAGGAACUAUUAAACCCUCUUUGUAAGAAACUUCAACUGCUGGUGGAUGUGGCUAACUUUAUACACUACUCAACCCUUACAUUGAAGCCACGACGCUUAGAGCUUCUCGCAGUUCUAUUCAAACCACUCGUACAAGAUAUCACUUUGCAGUGGUCUCAUGUAAAAGAAGAAAUCUCAAUUGAAUCUCUCACCUUUUUGCAGCCACAAGAAUCUAAUUAUGAUUACUUAUUGUUGCAGUUGUACAACAAGUUGGGUUCUUUAGCGGGAAAGUGUUUACGAUUAUAUGGUAAGUAUUUUACUGUAUUUCAUAAUAUCUUUUCUGAAAUUCUCUUUUCUGGUACAAUGGCUUUACGCAUACUCCUUCAACAACAACCCAUUAAACAAAGUGAAGAAUUAUUUCGUGCACGUCUUGUAUGGGAUAUACUUAUAGAGAUUCGUUCACUAUUUUUUGGAUUUCUUAAUUACACUAUAGAUGAGAUACAACAAUGGAUUGGACCUGUUCAUCAUUGGCUUCAAGGCGUGGUAGAAAUUACGGAGUGUUUUGCAAAGGAUGUUGUGAAGAUAUCAUUAUUAUUAUCAUCAUCAGGGCAUUUAAACACUUUCAAUGCGGAUGGAUCAUUGUAUACAAUAUCGUCAGAGUUCCGUAUAUAUUGUGUGGAAGUAUUGCAUACAUUCACAAUGUGUUUGGCAUUAUAUCAGUUAAGUUAUGCUAAAGCAAAGGAUGAGGUGCUAGAAAGGGGAUUGAAUACCAUACAAUGUCUCUUGCAGAAUAUCUUAUUAACAAGAAAGAACAGAACAACAAUAACAACAGUAACAGAAGGAGAAAGAGAGGUGUCAACAUUAUUAUAUAAUAAUAUGGGGUUUUUAACAGUUGAAGAGUGGUGUAAGUGUUGUGAGGCCGCUGAGGUACUACGUCUCUUCUCAGAAGUGUCUAAAGAGAGUAUUAUUACAAAUGCCAAUGUGAAUGAUAAUAGUAUUCAAUCUAAAGAGACUGAUAUACGGUUAAGAUUACUUUUAGAUGCUCUCCGCAUCUUGAGAAACACUAAAAGUGUUAGUAAUAGUAUUAGUAAUACUAUGAAUACACAAACUGUAUUACCGUUUUCUUUUUAUUUAAUACUUGUGAAGUCUAUGCAAACUUGGCAGAUAUCAUUAACUUCCAUACACCAGGAACAACAACAAGAAGAGGAAUAUUAUGAUUUGCUAUAUACAUUAUGGAAUACUAUAUGUACUUCAUUUCCUGGUUUGUUUGAUGUAUCCCAUUCAUCCCCACCUCCUGCAUGUUCUCUGCUGGAGUUAAUCGAAUCUCUCAAUUCCACAAUAGUUGAAUUAAAUGUCUCUUCUCAUUCUCAUAAUAAUAAUAAUAAUAAUAAUAAUAAUAAUAAUAAUAAUAAUAAUAANNAUUAUUAUUAUUAUUAUUAUAAUAUGUACGAACAAUCAUGUCAACAGUUGCGCACUAUAUGUCUUUCACACAUACAACGUACACUUCAGACACAAUCCUCUCAUGUAGACACUCAACUCUUACGUGGAUUAUUACACGCUGGAUCUAUCGCUGCCCAUCCACCCAUAGCCCAGUAUCUCCGUAAUAUCUUACUACCACUCUCUGCAAGUAUUCAACGUCUCUCUUCUUCUUCUUCCUCUCAUUUACAAUCCUAUUCACAUACUACCUACCGCAAUGCCGCUUCUUCUCUCUCUGUUAAGAAUAGGAAUGAUAUGAUGAUGAUGAUAGUGGAGGAAAAAGAGGAUGAGUUUACACUCGCUGGUGGGGCCUGUGGAUUUCUCUGCAAUUCUUGUCGACGGUGUGUGAUGUGGGGCCGCCCUGUGGGAUCGCCGGUGUGCGGCUGCCGCUGUGAUGUGCGGGAUGUUAACACCGCCAGUACACUCACCGCCCACGUGGAGAGACUCACUCCUCUACUCCAACAGGAGGAAGAAAAGGGAAAGGAGAAGUGUUGGUUAUUAGUAAUAACGUCUGAGAGAGGAAAGAGAAGGAGGAAGAAGAGACCUUUAGCUAUUCUGCGGGGUAUAUACACUUUAGCCGCAGAUAAAAGAGGAGGAGUUGGUUUAGGCACAAUAGACGGAGAAGAAAAGAAGAAACUGUUAAGAAAUUCACCUGUUUGUCGCUUCUUUAUAGAGUGCCAUGAACAACUGUUGUUAAUAUCAUCUGCAGAUUUAUUACCCGCACAUAUGUGUCGAAUACUGCGCAUUAUAUUUACAUUAACACCACAUAUUUUUGUACUCGUACCAGAACUCCCUCGAUUACUACUAUGUCGCCUUCUUCUUUCAACAACAACAACAGAAACAACAACUAUAUAUUCUUCUACGGAGAAUAAUAGUAAAAACAGAGAUACAAAUGAUAUCAUUGAAUCUGUUGAACCACAAGAAUUAUGGGAAAUAUUUCUCUGGACAUGUGCGGUCACGAUGGCUCAUUUGGGUCGCCGUUCAUUACUAGAUGUUUGUUAUCGCGAUGAUGAUUGGAUCUCAGAUUUCACAGAAACCGUAACGACUGCAGCUCAUAUGCGUAAUAGUGGGGAUAAUAAUAAUAAUAAUAGUAAUAAUAGUGAUAAUGAUAAUAAUGAUGAGGAUGAAGAUGAGAAUGCAAAACAUAUUGUUCGUCUCUUGUCUAGUAUGAGUCAGAAUGAUGAAAUGCGGGAUUUAUUUACAUCAAUACAAGAACGGGUAGUGCGACGUGCCUUGAAGUUUCUCUCUUGA